CAGAGAUAUGGUUGUGUGAGGGAGGUUACACUGUGUGACUGGUUGUUUGAGAUCGGAAGGGGUAAGGACAGGGUUUCGUGCGUGUUCUCGUCCCUGCUGGUCGGGGUACGAGUAGGGAGCUGGCCUCCCCAAACAGAUGAAUCUUCAGAAUCGUAUUUUGCCCCACUUUUUGUUCCCACUGUAGAAAGUGAAAUAAAUGCAGAUGGAGGUGGAAGGCUACAUAAAGGAAUUCACCCGCCACUGCAACGACGUAUUGCUCAACUUAAAUGAACUACGGCGUCGGGACAUUCUGACAGAUGCCACUCUGCUAGUGGGCACCGCAAAGCUGAGUGCCCAUUGCGCUGUGCUCAUCGCAUGCAGUGGAUUCUUCUACUCUCUCUUCUCUCGUCGUGUGGCUUGUGGCGAGCGAGGCUUUUCGCUUACCCUUCCAGAGGGGCUGGACACGUGCAGCGUGUCCCUGUUGCUGGAUUUCAUGUACACCUCCCGACUUUGUCUCACGCCCCGUACCGUGUCUGGAGUGCUUGUCACCGCCACCUACCUGCAGAUGGAGCAUGUCGCAGACACCUGCCGAGCAUUCAUUCAGCACAGUGAGACGGUCUCCGUAUGUCCUCCUUUGAUGGAGCCAGACCCCAGAGUGGCCCUUGGUGGCAGGUCGCCACCUGUGCAUUCCACCGUCUUCUCCCCAUCAAGGCCUAAAGCUGAUGCAGAAGAUCCAAGCCCAGACCGAGCCAGGGUUCCAGGAGAGAGCUGUGCCUCCCUGGAUCCAAGAACUUGCCUGAAAAUAGAAGAACCUGUGUCCUCUCCUCCAACUCCUACCACCCCAUUCCAAGAUAUUCCUUCUGAUUCCAGUGGCCAUCCCAACUCACCUGCUGAGUCCAGCAGCUGCAGUAUAUCUCCCCAACUAAAGAGGAGAUCUGAAUCUAAGCCUACUCCUGAUCCUAAAACCUGUAACUGGAAGAAGUACAAAUACAUUGUCCUCAACCCUCUGUGUGCCACACCAAUAAAGAAGGAGGGGCCUGGAGAGGAGCAUCAAGCACAAAGCCACUCCCCCUAUGUCAGUGAUAAGAUGGAAGCCUCAUCUAAGGCACCCAAUGAUGUAUGGACAGGAGAGAUUCCUAAUAGGAAAAGCUCAUCAAAUCAAUACAAUGCAUCACAGCCAAAAAUAUAUUUUACUCCCCAUCAUGAUAUCGACCGCAAUUUGCAACCUCUGACACUUUCAAUGACUGAGGACAAAAGUCUCUGCAGUCCUUAUCUUUGUACCCCCCUUUUGGAAAUAGCCAAUCAGAGGGAUCAUUUGUUAGGACAACAUCCAAUCAAGUUUGAGAACCUCUCUACACAGCUCAGUUGCUCUGGAAAUAAUGGCAACACAAAACCUUCCUGCACAGGAGACAAGCCAUACCGCUGUAAUGUGUGUGGGGCGCAGUUCAACCGGCCUGCUAAUCUAAAGACCCAUUCCCGCAUCCACUCUGGAGAAAAGCCCUACCGCUGUGACACCUGCAGAGCCAGAUUUGUUCAGGUUGCUCACCUGCGUGCUCAUGUUCUGAUCCACACCGGGGAAAAGCCAUACCCUUGUAACAUCUGCGGAACCCGUUUCCGUCACCAGCAGACGCUGAAGAGUCACCUGCGUAUUCACACGGGAGAAAAGCCUUACAGCUGUGAAAAAUGUCACCUGCAUUUUCGUCAUAAGAGCCAGCUAAGGCUACAUCUGAGACAAAAACAUGGAGCAAUCACCAACACCAAGAUCUAUUACAAGGUUCUGGCUGACCCGUACCAACCUGGGCCCACUCUGCUACAAGCUUGCUGAAGGCUACUUUUAUGCAUGGGUAGCAUCUAAAUGCUUAUUCUUAACAUCUGCAGAUAGUUAAAAAUCCAUACAUAUGAACUGAGGGUUGAUGGAUCUGUAUUACAGUAUUGCAAAGCAUUUUAAGAAGUGGAGUGCUGCCUUCGAGGAGCACAUUACAAUAAAUAUACAGAAGAACACAUUCAGGACCACCAAGAAUGCAGUACUCCUGCACUAGAUGUGCUGAUGAUUCCCUUCAUUAUUUGUAAAAAUGUUAUUAUUUAUUUUGCUUGGCUGAGAAUUAUCUCUGUUUUUCAUGUUCAUUUAGUCAUGUUUUUUUUUUGUCAAAGAAGACAUUUUCUAGCAAAAUGGGAAUAUUUUGUUUACAAAGUAAAACAUGUGGCAGGUGGGGAAACUUUAACAAUUAUUUAUUUGUUCAGUUAUGAAGUUAAAGAUGGUUUGUGGAGUAAGUAGCGGUUUAGUAGAAGUUCAAGGGAGAUGUGAGAGUGGAAUAAAAGUAAUAAGGAGCAGAGCAUGGAAUUCUGCAAAGAUGUGGGAGAGAUAAAGGAAAAAUAAAUGAAUAAAGAAAGUGUAAUGAGUGAAAUAAGCAUGUUUGAGAAAAAAUUGAUAAUAUAUAUAUAUUUUUUCCAAUAUGUUGUCAUUUUUUCAUUUUAUUAUCUAUUUAUUUU